AUGUUAAAAUUGAGUGUAGAACAUAAAAAACAUAUGCAAUUAUUGGCAGAACUACCAAUAAAUGUUUUCCAAAGUUGUUGUAAACUAGUCAAUGAUUUUUUUCAUAAAGGGCACAAUUAUAAAGCUUACACAACUGUAGCACACAAGAUCAACAUUGAAUCAGAGAAUAUAAAACAAUGUGUUGAUGGGUUGAUUCAUUUAUUAAUUGAAUGUGUGAAACAUGAGGUUGCUUCCAGAUCAAUGUUAACUCAACUAGAGCCUAUAAUAACAAUUGAUCUUGCGUUAAAAAAAAAUACGGACUCUGAUGUAUCAAAGCAUAUUAUUGUACAAUCAGAUCCAACAAAUAUAAUAAAUCUUUCCAGAGAGUUAGAAGUAGCUCUACAGGAAGGUAGAAGUCAGCACAUGCGAAAAAUCCAAAGAAUAGGAAAACAAAUUUAA